GCUCGCGCAUGAAAACACAUGAACAAGCAGCUUCUAUUAUAAGAUGUUCAACCGAAGAACGGCAUGCGUCGAGCGGUACCGCGUACAGACGCGUUCGUUUGUAGUAAAUAAAUCAUUCUUAGCUACCGGCUGAAGCAAUCGGAGGUAGACUGGGAAUAUUUAUGGAGACGCGCGCUUUUAGGCGUUGAUUUAUUGGAAAGCCGCUGAAGCUGCAGGCGGAUCUGCAGUCCCCGAUAACAAAAUCAGGGCCACCAUGGUUUUUUACAUUUCUUGCGGUAAUCGUAAUUGAAGGUCCAAACGGUAAUUUAACACUAGGUUUACGGAGUGCGUCAAUUUGACGCAUACUGAAUUUAUAAACAUUACUUGGUAAACGUUUAUGUCGAUUUUGGUUGAUGCAGUCACAAGAAUACGUAUCGUAAUAACCUAAUUUCAAAUCCCUAAUUUCCAAGAUCUAAAUGGUCGAACAUCAAUUUUUCAUAGUGUUAAGAAUAACUUCGUCGUGGUGUUGAGAGCAAAAGUUCAGCAAGGAAAUUAAGUCGGGGUUAACGAAUAUGAAACGACCAGAUUGCUGGUUCAUUGCUGAUCCUCUCAAAGGUUCCAUCAAUGGUGGCCCUAGCUUUCUGAGGUACCGUAGUAUAAAUGCACCAAAUUCGCAGUCUAAUUUUAAGCAGUGACAUCGAUAAGUUACAAUUGAUCAAUGAACGUCGUCUAGUUUCUUCCUUCCACUCUCAUUAGGUGGCUCGAUGCAAAUAGAUUUGGAACGACAGUUACGUUAAUUUAUUAAUAGAAGAAACGGAAGCAAUAAAAAAACCCUUGUCAAACGCGCGACGUUCAUAGCGACUAAUUCUUCGUAUAAUUCCUCGUGUCGCAAAAAAGUCUGCGCCGAGGUAACGUCCAAAUGGACGAAUAGAAAGAUAUUAUUAAGGAUGUCUAACAACACCAAUGCGGAGGACAAGGACAGUUUGCAGCUGAGAAACCGAGCGAGCCUCUCGUUGAAGAUGCAACGGAGCUUCAAGAAAAUGAAGAGGAGCAUUCGGAAGAUCACCGAAUCUUCGACGACUGUUCAACCUCACUGCGUUUUCGUAGAGAACAUGCAAGACGACGAGAGGCAGCCGCCGUAUAUAUUUCCGGAACGGCUCUCCUCUUUAACGUACCAAACGGGAUUCACGAAGGACGAAAUAAGGAAGCUGUAUCGCACAUUUAAACAGUAUUGUCCGCGAGGAGCGGUGACCACGAACGACCUGAAACCGGCUUACGCGAAAUUAUUCCCGUUAGGGGACCCAGCCAAGUACACGCAGAUAGUGUUCAACACCUUCGACAGAGACGGCGACGGUAUUAUCAGCUUCCAAGACCUCCUCGCCGAGGUAGCUCUGAUCACGAACGGCGACCUGGAUCAAAAGCUCUCCUGGAUCUUCAGGUUCUACGACUUAAACGGGGAUGGUUACAUCACGAGAAAGGAAAUGCUGGUCAUAAUAUCCGCGAUUUACGAAAUGCUACAUAAUGGGCACACCGUCCAGCGAAUGGUCGACAGGCACGUAGACAUGGUUUUCGAGAAAUUGGAUACCGAUAAGGACGGAGUCAUAUCUCGAGAGGAAUUUAUGAGCAGCUGCAAAAAUGAUUCCAUGAUCCAGAAUCAGCUGACAAUAUUUAAUCAGUUUUGGUGAUGAAAUGUUUUAAUACCAAGCUUCCUAAAGUGUAUCGUUCCUUGAAAAAAAUGCGACCGUGGCGUCCCCCGACUUUAUACUAGUUUCUUGUUCCUAUAAUAAAAUAGUUAUAUAGAGUAUAAGUCUCUCUUAAAGUAAAAUAACGUUUAACAUUAUACGUAGAGUUACUAACGAUCACACUUCAGAAAAUAUCUCUCCUAUCAGAAAGAUGUAUGUAGACAGUUUUGUGUAAAACAGUUUUGUACUUUCAGAACAACCUCUUCUGUAGAAUGUAAAGGACACAUGCGAGGAAAAAUGCAAAUGCCAGAGCUAAUAAAACUUUGUCUGUGACU